AUGUAGUUAUCUAAAAAAUUUGAAGAAUUUUAAGACCUUGAUCCAAUUGAAAAUUUUCCUUAAAGAAGAAUAUCAAGAACGAUGGGUUACCAGAAUAGCAAAUCAAUUCAAGAAGAAGAUGAAGAGCAAUCUUCUUCAAGUAUGUAAUAACCAAAACCAAAAUUUCCAAAAAUGAAUUCAUCAAUUUAAUAGCCCUGUGACCUUUGUGGAAGUGAUAUGAAAGUACCAACAAUUUACACUAAUAUGCACUCAAAUAAAAGUUUUGAUAAGAAUCCAUUUCAAUAGGAAUCAAAAAUAAAGGUUGUUGAAAAUAACAGUGGUAGUAGAUUGAUAGAUGUAUCUGUAUAAGAGCCAUAAGAUUCAUUAUAAUCUGAAUCUGUAAAAUAGAAGAUUUAUAAUAGAUUAAAUCACAAUUGAUGGAUAAAAAUAAAUCAGUAACACUUAAUUCUGUUCAUGUAAAGAACAUAGUUAACAAAUUUGUUUAAAGGAUGAAAAGAAACAUAAAUUGGAAUUAAUUGAAAGACAUAACAUUGAUUGAUGAUUUAGCAUAGAGUAAUAUGUUUAAAUAAAAAUAGUUUAACCUUAAUUGUAUAAAUGGUUCACUAUAUCCUAUUUUAGUUUGACUUCAUUAAUUAUUCUUACAUCUUCAAUAUUUAUUCCCUUGCAUAUUGCUGAACAAACAGGUUUUGAAAUUCUAACCUAUUUAAUACAUUGUUUAUCAAUUUUACAAAUAGUUGCUGAUAUUCAUUUUAAAAGAGGACCAUUUCAUUUAAGUGAAGGUAAGUUUAAUAAUGAAUAUUUUGAUAAUUCUAAAAUUAUUUUAGAUAUAAGUCGAUUAACUUCAGGAGUAGUUUUAAUAUUUUCAUAUCAAUAUGAUCUUAAAUAUCUCAUUGUACCUUAUAUUAUAUUACAAUUAAUAAGAUAAGGUGAACGUUUUGAAAAUAUCUACACAUCAACAUAAUUAAUAAUUUAUAUUUUAAUUCUUUGGAUAGCAUUAAUAAUGACAUUUGCUUGUUUAUUAGAAUCAGAUGAAGGCAUUCAUUAUUCAAUUUCAUUAGCAAUAUCAAUAUUGACACAUAAUGGCACUAUAUAUAUUGAAGUUACUACUUAGAAUGCUUUACUUUUGUAAAGUUUUAUGAUCAUAAGUUCAAUAACAAUGAUUUAUACAGCAUCAACAAUAUUUAUAUGGAUUAAACCAACAAUUAAGUUGGAAGAGGAGAAGGAGAAACAUUUGGCAUCAUUUUUAAAUGGUAUUAAAGAUAAAAAAAUUGAAUAUGGAUUACAGUGUCGUUGUUAUUCAUAUUUAGAAUAUGUAAUUGAUGUAAUGAUAAUCAUUAAUCUAAGAUUAGGAAGAUAUCAUUAAGACCAGAGAUCUAUUAGCUAAGAAGUUAUCCCCAGGCCUUUAAGAAGAACUUUAAAUUUCUAUUCGUUCUAAGAUGGUUGAUAAAAUUAAAUUGUUUGAUAAGUUUACAUCUAGUUUAAAAUAACAAUUAAUUUAUUGGUUUGAUAUGGCAUAAUAUAACCCAGAAGAAAAUAUUGUGUAAGUAAUAAAUUUAAUUUAAAAUUAAAUAGGAACAUCAAGUUGAAGAUUUCUGUCUCUAUUAUAUUUUGAAAGGAAAAGUUAAAAUUUAAUUUUAAGGCUAUUUUUAAGGUAAACCUAAACGGACUUUCCAUACUUUAUCAGAAGGACAGACCUUUGGAGAAUUCUCAUUUGUUAGUGGAAUUCCUCCCUAUAUUUCUAUUAAUAGUUAAGGGUUGAGCACAGUUUUAAAGUUGAGAAGAUCAGAUUUCUUAGAAAUCAUUAAGACUUUCCCUUAAGAUAAUGAGAUUUUUUGUUUAUUCAAGGAUAAUUGUUAUUAGAAUCACAAUAUGUUCGAAUGUCAUUAUUGUAAAAUAAAGGGACAUUUAUUAUUUGAAUGUCAAUACUUACAAUAUUAUCCAAAAAGAUUAAAUGUUAUUGAAAAGCAUAUCUAUCCUCAUCCAUAAUAACGAUUUAAGUGUGAAAGAAAACAUAAAGAACCAAAGGCUCUAUUGAUGUUAUUUAUUGUAGGAGAACGAGCUAAACAAUACCAAUAGAAAUUAUCCUAAGAAGUAAUGACUUCAGAAGACUUCCCUAUGUCAUCACAAUUACCUUACAGUGAAAGUAUUUAUACCUUUGAUAUAAAUAUAUAUUAAAUUUACAUAGAUUAGACCUAACAAUCCGCCAGCUAUUUGAGCAAAACCCAAUCCAUACACAAAUAUAGUCCAGAACAUUUAAGUGACAAUCCAGAUAGCGAUGGAGAUCAACUAUAUGAAGAAUAAGCUAUUGAUCCUGUACUUAAUAAUCAGUUAAGAAAACAAUAAAAUAAAACUACUUUAAGAACUGCAGGAUUUCCUUUCAUGUCGGAAACUCUAGGUACUAAGGUUAAUAAGCCUAUGAUAGAGAACUUGCACAAAGAAAAGCUGCAAGUAAUUACUGAGCAAUCUUAAAGCAAAUAACUUGAUUCUCUAAAUUCAAAAUAAGAGGAUACAAAUUAAUUGAGCAAAUAGAGUAGCGGUUCACAAGCAUUUGCUAAAAAAAACCAUCUCUAUACUGCUGCUCGUUCUAUGCAUACGAAAUUAACUUUUCGAUACUAACAAUAAUAAUCUGGGUAAAUGGAAGACCAAAUUCAAUUUCAAUAAUAAUAAUAGAAUUCUAUCAGAUAAACUUCAAAUAGAUCCAACACAUAUUCUAAUCCUUUAUCAAAUAAUCUAUCUAAUAAUCCAUCAAGUAAUUCUAAGGCUAAUACUAAAUCUGCUAGAGUUUCUCCAACAUAAUUUCAAUAACCACCUCCUUAAAAAAAGAAGGAGGAUAGAGCAUCACAUAGUGAUUAAUCACUCUCAGAACAACAGAGACAUACAAACAGAAAAAAAAGUACUAAAACUGGGACUAAGGUUAGUAUUCUGAAUUAAAUGUCUCAAUUCUAAAUAAUUAAUACUCCUGAGGUAUUGAAUUUGAUUUAUCAAUAGAAUCAUAACUAUUAAUAUAAUGAUAUUGUUUUAAAUAGAUUUGAAAAGAUGCAUUUAUUUAAGUAUUAUAAUCCACAUAAUAACUACGAUAAUGUUAUCGUAAGGUACAAUUAAUAAUCAGUGUAUAGAAUGAACAAAUUCCAUAGAUUGAAAAAGAGCAAGCCUAUACAUUAUACUAUAAAAUGUUAUGUAUCUUCAAAAAUAAAGAAAGUAAAGAGGAUUUUGGAAUCUUAAUUAUGAG